AUGAAUGACUGUGUUGAUGAGAUAGAUUGUUGGCAAUUAGAAUUAAAUGAAUGUGCAGAUAACGAGUUUAGUUGUCGUAAUGUACAAUGUAUACUGUUGGAAAUCUAUAAUAAUCUUCCGUUGAUCGGUUGUAUUGACGAAUCCGAUACGCAACCUGAUGACUCAGGAGAACCAAUGUCAAACGAUUUAUGUUAUGUAAGUCAAGAUCUACAUUGUGAAGAUAUUGUUUGUAGUCAAUCUUCUAUAAAAAACACACUUCCAUGGUCAUGUGGUGAUGGUUCCUGUUUGGAUUAUUUUCCUUCAUUAUGUUGGUCUUGUAAAAAUGGUAGAAAUAUAAUUCAUAUAAAAUCAAUGUUCAAACAAUCUGGCAAUAAAAAUUCCAAAUUAUGCUGGGAAUCGAUGAUAUGCUCAUUGAAACUAGAUUCUGAACUAUUUCCAGAUGUCGAUUGCACAUUUUUGUAUCACAAAAUAAUUAAAUCAGCAUAUCCAACAAUAAUAAUUUUUCCGAAUGUACCUAUUAUAUACCACCAUGUUUAUUUUAUCUACAAUAUUACUAGAAAAAAUGAUUGGACAACAAAUGUACCGCCAAAUUUUAUAUGUUAUGAUGCUCGAUACUGUGAUGUGAUUAUAUUUAAUAAUUUAACAUGUAUUAAUUUUACCACCGAAAUUGAAGAUUGA